AUGGGUGUUCCAAAAUUCUUCAGAUGGAUGAGUGAGAGGUAUCCAGCGAUUUCUCAGUUGAUUGCGGAGAAUCGCAUACCUGAGUUCGACUGUCUUUAUCUUGACAUGAAUGGUAUCAUUCAUAAUUGUACGCACAAAGACUCUGACGAUGCGACUUUUCGCAUGACCGAGGAGCAGAUGUUUAUUGCGAUCUUCAAUUACAUUGAGCAUUUGUUCGGCAAAAUUAAGCCGAAGCAGCUUUUCUUUAUGGCUAUUGAUGGAGUUGCGCCAAGAGCAAAAAUGAAUCAACAGCGGGCUCGGAGAUUUCGAACCGCUCUGGAUGUUGAGGUUGCUAGAGAUAAGGCAAUCAAAGAAGGCAAGGAAAUGCCAAAGGAGGAGGCGUUUGAUAGUAAUGCUAUCACUCCUGGUACUGCGUUCAUGCACAAAUUAACCCAGCAAUUGAAAUACUUUGUGAACAAGAAGGUAUCCGAGGAUGUCGAUUGGCAAGGGGUGGAGGUUGUUCUGUCUGGCCACGAGGUGCCUGGAGAAGGAGAACAUAAAAUCAUGGAAUACAUUCGAUUGGCAAAAGCGCAACCGGAUUACGACCCUAACGUUCGACAUUGUUUGUAUGGACUCGAUGCGGAUUUGAUCAUGUUGGGACUUUUGAGCCACGAUCCACACUUUUGCUUGUUGCGAGAGGAGGUUACAUUCGGCAGACAAAGUAAGGCGAAAUCAAAGGAGUUGGAGCACCAGAAUUUCUAUUUGAUGCAUCUUUGCAUUGUGAGGGAAUACCUAGAACUGGAGUUCCAGGAACUUAAAAAUGAAGGGGUUCUUGGAUUUGCUUUCGACCUGGAGCGAGUUAUCGACGAUUUCAUACUGAUGGCAUUUUUCGUUGGAAACGAUUUCUUACCCAAUCUUCCUAAUUUGCAUAUUAAUGAAGGAGCGUUGGCGCUCAUGUUCAAGAUUUACAAGAGUGUACUCCCGCAGGGCACGGGAUACAUUAAUGAAGGUGGAGUCAUUAACAUGGAGCGAUUGGCGGUGCUGCUAAAGGAGCUUUCGCGCGUGGAGUAUCGUUUCUUUGAAACCGAAAAUGCGGACGAAAAUUGGUUCAAAUCAAAGCAGAUGGCUAAGGAGGAUGUCAUGAUGGUCAAAGGAAAGCCUAAGGGGAAAAUCACUAUGACUACUCCACAAAGGGAAGUGUGGAAGCAGGUCAAGAAAUACGUCACAAAGCGCGAAGCCGAGCCUCUGGAUCUUCCUUCCACUUUGCCAGCAGCAGAUCGAAAGUUUGUUCAGGAACUUGCUGAAAGCCUACAUCUUGAGUGGAAGACAGUGGAGGACGGCGAAGGCGACCGUCACAUACAGUUAUCAUUCCCAGCGAAGCUUGCGGUCGAAGAGAGUGACGAUGAGGAUGAGGAUGAGGAAUCCCAACUGGCUAUACUACGCGUAGUCAAGCAGUAUGACAAUGCUCAGACCGUUGAUCUGUCGAAGGCCGAAGCGCAGGUUGCUAUGGAGCAGCAAUACGAGCAGAAGUUCCAGGAGUGGAAGGACAAAUACUAUUCCGGUAAAUUCGAGUGGGAUCGUAAGAAUGAGACCGAAUUGACGAAGUUGUGCGAAAACUAUGUUCAAGGGCUACAAUGGGUUCUCUAUUACUACUAUCGUGGCGUGGCUUCAUGGCCAUGGUUUUAUCAGUAUCACUACUCCCCAAUGAUUUCGGAUGUUAUCAAAGGACUAGGCGCCGAUGUAAACUUCAAGCUGGGCCAGCCAUUCCAUCCUUACGAACAACUUAUGGGUGUUCUUCCAGAUCGGAGUAAGAAGAUUGUGCCUGCUGUUUACCAUGACCUUAUGACCAAUCCGAAGUCACCAAUCAUCGAUUUCUAUCCACGAGACUUUGAGCUUGACAUGAAUGGUAAGAAGAUGGAGUGGGAAGCAGUCGUUAAAAUUCCGUUCAUUGACGAAAAGCGGUUGUUGGACGCUAUGGCCCCAAUCAACAAACUUCUGACCGAUGACGAGAAGUUUAGGAACGAGUUUGGUGUCACGCUCAAGUUUUCUCACGACCCAGAUAUCGACUUCGUCUAUCCUUCUUCUCUCACCGGUAUCUUCCCGGAUAUCCCACAUUGUCGCUGUGUCGAGAACAUCUUUGAUCUACCCACCAUCGAAGGGUUGGAAUACCACGUAGGCUUGAUGCAAGGUGUGAAGUUAGGUGAUGCCGCGCUUGCUGGCUUUCCUAGCUUGGCUACUAUCCCUUAUAAUGCUAUUUUGGGUUUCCAUGGCGUCAAUGUUUUCCAACAGGACAGCCGGAAUGAGAGCAUGGUGGUCACCAUUGAAAAUUCGGAAGACCGAACAAAUGUGAAGACGGCUGCAAUGAAACUUGGCCAGCGGGUUUACGUUGGAUAUCCGUUCUUGCAAGAGGCAAAGGUUACCAAAGUCUCGGAUGAAUUGUUCGACUACUUCCCUGCAACGGAUGGGUCACCUCACCCAGUUCAAACACCCCAUGGCCCGCGAGAGAUUGAUGACUUCCGUAAGAAGGCCAUGCGCAUUGAGGAGACUUACAGUAAACGUUUGGGUAUCAUCAUCGGAGGGGUCGAAUCGAUCACGCAUGUAGAGAUGCUCAAAGGUCUACGAAAAACAGACGAGGGAGCUACCAUCAAAGAAUACGCCAUUAUUCCGGGACAAGAUGUUGAAUAUGCGUCUCAAGUCAUUGUUGAUGAAGUUACGAGUGAGGACCAGCGAUUCUUGGAGAAAGCUGCUGUUCCUAUUGAAGAAGAGUUUCCACCCGGAUCGAGAGCAUUCUUUCUGGGAGAUUUCAACUAUGGCAGACCUUUGGAGGUUGUGGGCCAUACAGACAACAAAGCCGAAAUCUGGUUGUCUAUAUUGAAGGGCAAAGAACUCGAAUUUGGAAAGAACGUUGUCCACGGCCAAGGCUUUCAGACCCGUUACACACCAUCUUACGCCGUAGCAAAAAUGCUUGGCCUCCACCCUCUUGUGUUAAGUAAGAUCACGUCUUCUUUCUCAAUCUCGGCAUGUGGCUUGCCGCGUCUCAAUGUUGGUCUCAACUUGAAGUUUGAGGCAAAAAAGCUCAAAGUUUUGGGCUACUCGCGUCGUAGCGAAAACGGCUGGGAGUUCAGCAACAAGGCCAUUGAACUCUUGAGCACGUACAUGACCAAGUUCCCGGAGUUCAUCGCUGGUAUCCAGCGAAAGCCCCAAGGAAAUGAGUACGAGGAGACCGACUUUUAUCCUGCCGAGAUAGCUAGUGUGAAGAUCAAAGAAAUUGUCGCCUGGCUCAAGACUAUCGAGUCUAAGAAUUUUGAAAAGGUUCCUUUGGAUGCGGAACAAUUGGACUCGGACGCUGUUAUGGCGAUCGAAAAGGCCGCUGAAAGUGGUGUGGUCAAUGCCACCGAGUUCAAGAAAUUGAAGGGUGUGCCACGAAAUGCUCUUAUGAAGCCAUCUGAUGCAGAGCACCGACUUGGAAACCAAAAAUUCACUCUUGGCGAUCGAAUCGUAUAUGCCCAGGACUCUGGUCGCGUACCAAUUGCGACGCGUGGUACAGUAGUUGGAAUAUCACGAACACCUCGCGCUACUCUACUUGACAUUGUUUUCGAUGUUACAUUUAUGAGUGGUACAACUCUGGGAGAUCGUUGUACACCAUUCCGUGGUUCUACCGUUCCAUCUACCUCGGUCCUAAAUCUUACGAAUAAACAAGUCAUCGCCGGUUCAAAAGCUGCUACAGAUAAGAAGCCUGCACCAAAUUCUACGCCUUUGACCGUGAAUGGUGGUUAUGGCUCACCUGGACCUCGCGGCCAAUAUCGUGAAGCUGGAGCUCCACCACCUCUGAGAGGCUCUUUCAGAGGUGCUGUAUCUGGUCCAGGUCAAAACGGGUUUGUUAGGGGUAACGGUAAUUUCAAUAGAGGUCGCGGCCGAGGAGGAAUGGGAUAUGAGAAUGGCGGUCCUGCUAUUCAUGGCAACAUGGCCAUUCGAGGUGGUCCUCAAGCUCAAACAAAUGGGGGAAGAGGUGGUUUCAGAGGUGGUAGAGGCGCACCAGCAAACUUCAAUGCUGUCCCCCCUCCAGCUGCUCUUGAUGCUCGGGGAAGAGGACGAGGUGGUGGUAGAGGUAGAGGAGAUAGAGGUCGUGGUGCAGCGAGGGGAAGAGGGGGGGCUACACCAGCUGCGCCAGCUGCACAAACCCCGUCUUAA